GUAAACCAUAUGCCAUGGUCAUCUCAGUCACCAGAUCUCAACCCAAUUGAACACUUAUGGGUGAUUCUGGAGUGGUGCCUGAGACAGCGUUUUCCACCACCAUCAACAUGACACCAAAUUAUGGAAUUAUUGUGGAAGAAAGGAGUUGCAUCCCUCCAGUGGAGUUUCAGAAACUUGUAGAAUCUAUGCCAAGGUGAAUUGAAGCUGUUCUGGCUCGUGGAUGCCCAACACCCUAUUAAGACACUCUGUUGGUGUUUCCUUUAUUUGGGCAGUUAUCUGUAUUUGUGGUACAGCUAGUGAAAAAGGAAGUCAGCUUUCUGAUCUUCGCUUUGAAAAAUGAUAGUGUUUCAAUGCCCAUUUAUAAAAUAACUUAAACGACAAUAUUGCCCCCCCACCCGGGCUCAGAUCCAAUCCCUUAACCUUGCUAACAACGCUCCUUCCCCUCCACAAUGGCAACCAAUCAAGCCAGAGGCAAUGGGUAAAAAAGAGCAGACGUUCUGUGCUAUCCAACCAGGACCAAGUUAACUGCACUGGCUUACAACAGUUGCUUUAUUAUCCAUUUCUACAUUUUGACUGAGAAGAAGAUGAGGGUCAUCAAUAUCGGUCUUCUGCUGGUUUGUGCAGCCUUUGCUCAGUCCUUCAAGUCUCAAGGUGGGGUGAGUCUGAGAAAGGAGGAGGACAUGUGGGGGAACUACCUAAUGGACAGAGAUGACAACCAUGCCGAGAUCAAAGCUGUCCUUCCAGGUACCUGCUUUGUGUGUAAGCGCAUAAUCAAAAAGAUCAAGACCAAGCUGAAUGGUGAUAAGAGCAAGGAUAACAUCACUGCUAUACUGGACUCUAUUUGUCGCAGCUUGUGGAAGCUGAAAGGUGUCUGCAACAAACUGGUCAAUAAAUACAAAGAACAACUGAUUGAUGCACUUGCCAGUGAUGUGGAUGCAGGGAAUACCUGUAAAAAAUUGAAGCUAUGCAAAUGAGAUACCAUUUACCCAUGACUGCCCUGGGCACAGGUCUGAGCAUACAUGUUCUGUCUGUUUUUUUUCAGAUGAACACGCUGUCAUAGCUUAGCUUUACAUUAUUUUCAUACACAACUGUCUGGAUGGAAUGGCAGUCUUUAAAGUUACUUGCAUUGCUACUGCAAUUUCAUUGAAUUAAAUACUGAAACUUA